ACCCUUCAAAUCUCAGGGUUUGGCCACCCAACGAACACUUUUAAUUUAUUUUUUUGUCAAUUACUACGAUUCUAGUUGAGAAGCCAACGAACCUACCCCACCUAGAUUAAUCAUCAACAAAUUUAUGAAGUUUCACCUAAAAACAGAUCACGUUAUACUCCAAUGUUUCCAUCUGAGAGCCAAUUAUAUUUUCUUAAAACCCAUGUUUUAUUUUCUUGAGAAAAGAAUGCCAAUAAAUUUUGAAAACAGAUCUUGUUUUGUUUUCAACUUCUUCUCUGCCAUUUCAGUGUGAAGAAGAAGACGAAGAAGAAGAGGAAGAAAACAGAGCAGAUGGAAGAUUACAUCAUAAACUGGGUUGUGAUUGGAGUUCUUUCAUGGGCUGCAACCUUUUUGUUGGUGAGAAAGAUUUUGUUCCCAAAUCAGUCUUUUGAUUUCUGCAACAGAAUUGUUUCCACAAUCCAUGCUUCGUUAGCUGUGGCUUUGAGCUCUCUCUCUGUUCAAGAUUGGAGGUGCCCUGUUUGUCCUAUGGCUUCAAAAUCAUCCCCUUGGCAGAUGCAAACAAUGGCAGUGAGUCUAGCUUAUAUGAUAUAUGAUCUAGGAUGUGGCCUCUUUGAGAAGCAAUUCAAGAUUGAUAACUCAAUCCACCAUUUGGUCAGCAUUAUUGGAUUUGGGGCAGGGCUUGCCUAUGAGAAGUGUGGAUCAGAGAUGGUUGCAGCACUUUGGAUAACAGAGAUAUCAAGCCCAUUCCUCCACUUGAGAGAGCUUCUCAAAGAGCUAGGUUACAAGGACACUGACCUCAAUUUGGCAGCUGACGUAUUAUUUGCUAUCAUUUUCACAUUUGCAAGGAUGGUGGGUGGACCUUACGUCUCAUUUGUGACUCUAUCUGCUGACAAUCCACUUCUAAUAAAGGCAAUGGCACUGGGAUUGCAGCUGGUGAGUGCUUUCUGGUUCUACAAGAUUGCAAGGAUGGUGAAGUACAAACUUGCAAAAAGGACUACAUCCAAAGAGUUGGCCAAAGCUGAAUAACACCAAAAAUUGAACUAAUAUUCUGUAACAUGAUCAAUUUAAUUGAAGUAUAUAGCUUCAUGAGGUUGUUUUUUUAUUUUAUCCUUCAUUUUUCGGUAAAUUGUACAUCAUAUUAAUGUUUCCAUGAAUAUCCCAACGUAGGAGCUUUAUUGGAUGUAUUGCAAUGCAAGAAAACUGCCCUUGUCGAAAACAAAUAUCGACUCUCAAAUUGAAAGCAAAAAACCAGUAUAAGUUGUACAUAAUUCUCUUACACACAAAAGUAUCUGCCAACACAAUUCACAGGUUGAAAGAGCUAAGAAAAUGCACUGCCCCUGCAUCCAUGGCUAUUAGAAGAGAAAAUCCUAUACUCUAGUCUUUUCCAAAAUCAGUAUUGUAGUGAGCAGUCGAUUCAAGCUUCUUUGCUUCAUUCAGUUUCC